CCCCCUCGGCCAGGCGAAGUUCGGGGCUGCUUGUACAAUGCAGCUGGAGUGUGGCUACUGGCCAGGAGAGGGGCUGGAAAGGAGACACACUUAACACAUACAUAGAAAGAGGAGCCAGGCACGCAGUGGGAAAAGUGACUGAAGGGGAAAGGCACAGAGUUUUUUUUAAAAAAAAGAAUUGCCAUUCACCUCCGCCUGCUGCAUGGGGAAGGGAAUCCAGAUGUGGAAAAACUCUCGUGUUUGAACCUAACUGAGAGUGUGGGCAGCGAGGAAUUUGUGCAUGUUGUCAGAGAGCUCGUCCUCCUGACACAUCCAGAUCCGUCGGAGAGGAAAGUCGCCGCCAGUUUUCCUGUUAAAAUUAAAAGCUUUUGUUUUUAGCUGUUUUGCUUUUUGUUCACGGGUUGGGCGGGGGGGAGGUGUGAGGUGUGGAAUGCAUUUGUUUGAGAAGCACAGAACAGGCUGAACAUGUGGAAAAUGGCACCUUUGCCAUGCCCUGGUGGGAAGGUGUUGCUGAGGCAAUGAAGCUGCCGCACCAUGGCCAAUGGAACAGGUCCGAGGAGUAUGCUGAAGUGCGUGGUGAUCGGAGAUGGAGCGGUGGGCAAAACUUGUUUGCUGAUGAGCUACGCGAACGAUGCUUUUCCAGAGGAAUAUGUGCCCACUGUGUUCGACCAUUACGCGGUCACUGUCACCGUGGGAGGUAAACAGUAUCUUCUUGGACUUUAUGAUACUGCAGGACAGGAAGAUUAUGAUCGUCUGAGGCCUUUGUCUUAUCCAAUGACUGAUGUCUUCCUGAUCUGCUUCUCGGUGGUGAAUCCAGCCUCAUUUCAGAACGUACGGGAAGAGUGGGUGCCUGAACUUAAAGAAUAUGCACCAAAUGUUCCAUUCCUGUUAGUUGGAACACAGAUUGAUCUUCGUGAUGACCCAAGAACUUUAACUAGACUAAAUACCUUGAAGGAAAAGCCUGUGACUACAGAGCAAGGGGAGAAGUUGGCAAAGGGGAUUGGAGCAUAUUGCUACGUGGAGUGUUCAGCAUUAACACAGAAAGGACUGAAGACUGUCUUUGAUGAAGCCAUAAUAGCCAUUCUAACUCCAAAGAAAAAUGUUUUGAAAAAAAGACUUGGAUCAAGAUGUAUAAACUGCUGUAUGAUCACAUGAGUGAGGAUACAGGAAUAAUAGCUGAUCCAGCCCACUGAAGAACCCUCCAGCAACUAUAAAAUAGUGCUUGUAUUACAUAUAAUGAGUGUGCAUUGCAGCUAAAGAUGAAAGUAAUCUAGAUGCAUCGUCAACCGCACAAGUUCUGUACUGUCUGGAAAAUAAUAGCAAAUUGAUGUCUAUGGAGGAAUUUAUUUCCUUGGAAAGUACAAUGUUAAAGAUUCUCAGGGGUUGUUUCAUUUGUAAAAGCUACAAUCUCGCUUCCACACCCCACCCCCAAGUUAGGAAGCAAAUCAUCUGAGGCAUGCCACAGAAAAACUUAUUUUGUUCUGGCACAUUGGCGUUCAAGAAAAGUACAGUUUUAUUCUACAAAAUGUAGCCUUGGAGGGAUGCCAAUUACCCACACAGUUCUGCAUAGUUCGGAAUGGAGUUGGUUUAACCAAAUGUAUUAGCCUUCUCAACAGCUGCUGAAAUCAUCUGCAUUUGUACGUGAGGUGUUUCUUGUGCCAGUAUAUCCAUAAUGGCGCGACGACAAGACUGAUACUGAAUCCAAGUGUUGCUCCAAGUGUACAGGAAAUUGGCCACACCUGUGAAAAGUAACAACCAUAAUGACGGGUUACACGUGAAGAAACCAUUAAGCACAGAUUUUAAAAUGACGAGUUUUUUUUUUUGCCUAACCUGGCUUUAAUCAAGCUAAAAGUGAAAUCUGUAUAACACAGUAUCAAAUUUGUUACCUAGUGCUGUUCUUUUUUUUGAAAAUGGGGAACAAGUAAAACUAAUUUUUGUAGUUUCAUUUUCACCAUUACAGCCAUUUAUACACACAGAACAUUUCUUAAAAAUCAUGACAAAUUUCUGUGAGUUUCACCUACUUUAACAUUCUUUAAAUAAACUUGCCAAACACUAAAACUUGUGUACCACACCUGUAAUAAUCCAGGUCUUUCUUGAAUUUAAAAUGGUAGGAAACAUCCUCCACUGUAGAAAAUGUGAAAUAGUGACAUUAAGAGUUACAAGCUACAUCAAAAAUAAAAUUUGAUUCCUCCCCCACCACCUCCCUUUUCAGUGCCCAGAAAUUGGAUGCUGAGGAUUCAACUUUGUAAUGUUUGAUACAAAAUAAAAUUUAUUAUUUCUGUG